AUGAUUGGGCAUCCAAAACAUGUGCAUAAGGCUUGCGCAGCUGGCGUUGACAUGAUAUGUGCACAAGGUGGUGAGGCUGGUGGGCAUACAGGAGAUAUUCCUUCGAUGGUUUUGAUUCCAGCCUGUGCGGAUAUCUGUAAGCAAUACAACUCUCCGUUGACUGGUCAGCCAGUCGUUCUUGUUGGGGCGGGUGGCAUCAACGAUGGUCGAAGUGUAGCUGCUGCUUUGACCCUGGGUGCUAGUGGUGUUUGGGUAGGCACUCGAUUCAUUCCCAGUGUGGAGAGUAAGGCACCGGAAAACUGGAAGAAGCAGGUCAUUGAUGCAGGCUAUGAUUCUCUGGUGAAACUCACCAUCUGGUCUGGACGACCACUUCGUGCUCUCCGAAACCCAUAUCUCGAUGAUUGGGAGACGAAUCGACAAGCCGAGAUAAAGGACUUGACCUCUAGAGGUAUUGUCCCACUCGUCCAUGAGCUUGACAAGUUGCACGAGACUGGGAAGCUCACGGAUGAGAUUGAGGAUGCAGCGGCUUUGAGACCGGCUGGUAUAGUAGUUGGCUCCGUCAACAAAGCAGGGCAGACUGCCGCUGAGAUUGUUUCCGAAAUGGUAGAAGAAACAGUUCGUGCUCUCGGGCAGGCAGCGAAAACUACAAAUAAAUCAUCAAAAUUGUAG